AACAUCUACAGAAGAAGUUCGCGACGUGAUGUCGUAAACAACGUCAAGAUGUCUGAUCCACCAGCUUAUGGUUUAGCCUAAACGCUACAGCUUAGUUUUGCUUUUGAUUUAACUUAGCUUAUGUUUAGUUUGGCGACGUGGAGAUUGUAUUAGAUGGAGACCAGCAACUUACCAUGAAACUCCGGAUGCAGAAUGACAGCUUUGUCUUCUUUGUCAAAGGAGUGAUACCAGAGGAGCACUGAAACUGAGGGACUCUCCUGCUGUUAUGCAGCCUGAUGCAAGUGAGCGGGGCGCCCAUACAGGAAAUGGUUUAUCCCCAACUCUGCAACAAACACUUCCCAGAACACCGACCCCUUCUGCUGCUGCUGCUGCUGCCACCAACGACCCGGAGAGCCACGAGGUGCGGGUAACCAUGACCAGCAAGCCUGGGGAGUCCAGUGGGUGCGCAUCCUCCAGGAGGUCCAGAGUCACCUCCCACAGCCACUCCCACUCUCAGCCACACGGACACCAUCGGGUGCCACACCACGCGCAUCCUGAGGCUGAGCUCGACCCGCCUGACUCUGAUCUGGACUCUGGAGAACCCAGUAGCUCCAUGUCUGAGCUUCGCUGCCUCUUCCGCUGGCUUCAAAAGAGUCUUCCUUUCCUUGUCAUCGUGUGUGCUAAACUAGUCAUCCAACACGCGCUCGGUCUGGCAGUUGGAGUUGGCCUCUUCACAACUUUUCUAUAUGUGAAUAAAAACAUUCAAACUCAGGUCUUUCUUCAGGACCGUCACUCAAAGCUGCAGUGUGUAUGGCUCCUGCUGUUCCUGGUCUCCUCCAGCCUCCUGCUUUACUACACCUUCCUCGACGAGGCCCUUCACCAUUGCCUCAUCUUCCUCAGCCCAACCAUUGAGCCGCUGGGUUUCUGGGAGGUUCUCUGGGCUGUCGGCAUCACCAACUUCAUAAUAAAGUUCAUCUCUAUGGGGAUCAAGUGCCUUAUCCUGCUGCUGCCAUCCUCGCUGGUGACAUACAGGACCCAGGGGCGGUGGGUGAUGCUGAGUGAGGAGCUGGGUCAAGUCCACCAGGCCACGGCGCCUUUCCCACUUUGGUUCCGCUACCUGGUCACAUACCAGGAGACUGACGGCACCCCUGGACUCACACUGGGGGUCCUGCUGGCUUUGCUCUAUCUCAUACUGAAGUUGUUGGGAUUGUAUGGACAAGGGGCGUUGUUUAUGAAAACCAUGAGGAUACUGGUUAAGGGCGAGCAUACAGGCUCAGCCGCCACCAGGGGUCAGUGCAACGAGGCAGGGGACAUCUGUCCCAUCUGUCAGGGGGAGUACAGGGAGCCUCGGGCCCUGCUCUGUCAGCACAUAUUCUGUGACGAAUGCAUCGCUCUGUGGUUCAACCGGGAGAAGAGCUGCCCUCUCUGCCGCACUGUGAUCACAGAGAAGGUUUACAAAUGGAGGGACGGAGCCACAUCUCCACAUUUGCAGAUUUAUUGAUUGUUUAUUGAGGGCUUUUGGGUGCAGGGCAUGGGUAUGAGCUGGUAAUUAAUGUAAUUGCAUGUGGCCGUCAAAGUAACUGCUACACCCAGUUUCAUUGAUCAUCUGAGGGCGGUGCCCCCUGCAGGAAGGACACACAUUGCAGAUGUGUUUGAUUGAACUACCAGCACAUCCCUACAUCCUAUUUUUGGAUUGUUUUUUUUCAUUUACAUGACUUUAUUCACCUUUUUAAUCUUGAUUUAACUUUUCCUGAAUGAGGAACACAUUGUUCUACUUCCAGUUCUCUCUACUUGUAAAUACGGGAACAUCAGAUUGAAUUCACACUGGGAGAUUAUAUAUAUAUAUAUAUAAAGUAAAAUGUAUUUUAAAAAGAUUUUUCAAUCACAUUUGACAAAACAUACAACACACAAACUCUCCUAUCCAAUGUUUCUUUGUAUUCAACUGUUCAAGAGUGCUUCUGAAUUCUGCUUUAGCUGCAUAGUUGACCUGUAAAGGCUUCUUGGAAGCCCACUAAAGUAAUAAUUGUUAUUAAAUGGUCCAGUAGUGACCAGAGCGUUGCCAUGGCAGACUGAUGAAUAAUUUAAUGUAAUGGACAAACAGUUUGUUAUGCUUUUGAUUACUAUUUCUUUGCAUUGUCUGAUAAAAAGGAUGCAACAGAGCGUGUGAGACUAAUUCGCACAAAUUAUUUUUCUAGAGGCGUCAGCCUUGUUUUUGUAAAAACCAAAGACUGGGAAAACUUCUAUUUUUGUUAUGUACAAAACCUCUUUACUGUUUCUUUUAUCCAUUCAAAUGCAUAAACUAUCUGAAUAAAGAUCUAUCUUUUGAA